GCUGGGCGGCUUUUUUUUGCCGCGAGAGUGAAGCUAAAGCUUUUGCGCGCCAGAUUUGGUUUGUCAGCCUGUGAGGUUUACUUUGCGCGUUGGGUAUCUGGCGCUUUUUUAACAUAAUAUUUAUAAUAAUAGUGCGUCGUAAGGGAAGGUCGGCUGGGAUUCGAAAUACAGCAGCGUGGAGAAGAAAACUGUGGACGAAAGGACCGGUGUGAUACGCGUUUUAGUUACUGGUGUGCAGUCUACCAGCCGAAGCUAUGGCCGAGCUCCCUGGAUAUUCUCCUAGUUUCAAGCGCCCACCCGGCUUAUUGCGGGUUAAGCGCAAGAGAGCUCGCAGCGAAGGUGUGUGUCUGAACCGCCUAAACUCCCAGUCCAGCCCUGGACAAAAGAUACCCGGCGUGCGGCCUUUCUCCCCUGGCCUCGCACCUGCAGCGCCGAGACCGAGGAACCCCUUCGCCAACAUCGAGAACACGUACUGCAGCCCGAGGAAGAAGAGCUGCGUUAGAAGCCUCGAGAGGUGCGGCCAGGGAUUGCUGGACUGGGAUCAGCGUGCUGGGGCCAAACUGCGAGAGUCGCUGGCAAGCCAGGAGUCACGGUCUCGACUUGUCAGCGAGCCCGACGAGGCCGUGUUUGAGGACGUGGAUUUAUUUGAGAAGGAAGCGGACACUUUAGCUACCCCUAUGAAUAAACGUGAAGCACUUGAGGUCCCACCUUCUGCCACAGAGUUCCCAGCUGACUGGAGCUUGAAGACCCGGCUGCUUUUUACAUCUCAAUUGCCUUUUUCUUGGGCAGAGCACCUGAAGGCUCAAGAGGAGGCACAAGGCCUGUCCCAACAUUAUAGAGGGAUGGUUCAACAUUUACCUCGCAGCAUAUCAGAGCCUAGGAGCUGCUCAGAGUUACGCUGUGCCUUCCAACAAAGCUUGGUUUACUGGCAAUACCCUUCCUAUCCUUGGCUACAGCUUUUCCCUCGUAUUGGUGUGGACCGUAAAAUGGCAGGAAAAUGUACUCCAUGGUCACAGGAUGAAUUGCUACAGCAGCAAAUCCUAAGCGAGUGGUCAUUGAGCUUCACUUCCUUGUAUAACCUGCUGCGCUCACGACUCUGCCCUUACUUCUAUCUUUGUACUUACCAAUUUACUGUGCUGUUCAGAUCAGCUGGUUUAGCAGGCAAUAAGGCCAUUACUGCCUUGCUCUCUCCAACAACCCGUGGACUUCGUGAAGCUAUGAAAAAUGAGGGUAUUGAGUUUUCACUGCCAUUAUUGGAGGAAAGCCGGAAGCGCAAAAAUGUAAAUAGUUCUGAGGUGGUCAGUGAAGGAGGUCUUGACACAGAAACUGAGGAAGGAAAAUUAGUUCACAUGGACAGUGAUGAGGAGGAUGAUGAUGAUGAUGAUGAUGGUGGUUUGUCUUGGCUUGCAGAAAUGGGUGUUCAAGAUGACAUCAGGAAACCAGAUACAAUGUCAAUCAAGCUCCGUAAGGAACGCAGUGAAGUUCGUUUGGACCAUAGGCCCGAGUCAGUGGCUCUGGUAGAAGGAGGCAACACCUUUACAUUGCUCAACUUCCUUAUAAACUUGAAAAGCCUAGUUGCAGUGGCUGGACCACAGGCAGGCCUUCCCCCAACUCUUCUGUCCCCCACAGCUUUUAGAGGAGCUUCAAUGCAGACACUAAAGGCACGCAGUGUGAAUGUGAAGACACAGGUCCGAACAGGCUUGAAAGACUUGUUCAGCCUUGAAGUCACCGGCCCCAUUAUGCCCCAUUCUCUUCAUGCUCUGACGUUGCUUCUGCGCUCGGCCCAGAAAGGGGCAUUCUCUGCAGUCUUCAACACCCACAGCCCAACUGCAAUCUUUAACACAGCUUCUCGCACAGAGAGCACCAGUUUCAAGGAGUCAGCACUGCAGGAUCUGAAGGAUUGUGGCUUGCAUCCAGACACCCUGGUACAGCUGCUGGAGCCUCCUGUGUUAGGAAAACUUGCCUUGAGGCAGCUGGAAAUGAGUGACUACAAAUAUACCUGGAAAUCUUGAGGGUAGGAGAGGGCUCUGUGCCCAUAUUCAGGCACUGCCAAGAUGUUAUUGUGAUUACAGUUUCUGUAGAUGGAUUGCGGCAGAGAGCCAGAGACCCAUCUGUGCACAGCUUUUUUUGUCACUGCCAGCAUCAAAUGAACUGCAGUUAUCUUCUCCAGUUAUGUGCCACAUAACUAUAUUCUGUAUUUGGCAUAAGCAUGUGUUGGGGUCUACUUCACUGGCCGAGAGGAGAGUGCGUGUACUUAAAUGCAAGCAAAGCUUGUAAACACACACGCAGCCUCUUGCAGGCUGGACGUGAAAUGCCACUCCUGCUGAGUGGCUAAAUCAGCUGUUUGAAGAAGAGCUUAGUCUCGUGUGAGCUUUAAUCGAUGUAUGAGGCACGUGAAGUUAAACUGAAAAAGAGCUGGUGAUAUUUUAUAGAUGUAAUAAAAUGUUUUACAUUUUUAGAUUUUA